AUGAUGGAAACCUGUGUACCCUGCAUUAACCCUAGCUGCGCUGCAUUGCAGUACUGCACCACACUGCAACAGCAGCAUGCAUUGAGUGAAAGUAAUGACGUCAAGGACACUGCUCAGCUCUUAAUUUUUAUCCGAGGGAUUAGUGACAAUUUUGAAAUUAUGGAGGAGUUUUUAGCCAUGGAGCCACUGAAAGGAAAAACAUGGGGAGAGGACUUGUAUGACCGGGUGUCUACUGUCAUCGAGAAAAUGAAGCUACCAUGGAUGCCUGCAACCAAGAUACCCAUUUGUUGGGAAAGAUGUGUUCGAUGCUUACACAAACAAGUUGAAAAAUCAGAAGACGGAAGACUGAUUUAUACUGGGAAUUUGGCCCGAACAGUAUUUGGUGUGAAAUGUUUCUCUUAUUCUACAAGUGUGAUCAGCCUUACAUUUCUACCAUACAUUUUUGCCCCAAAUAAUGUUGUAUUUGGAAGUCUGCCUUUGCAAAUCUUAUUUUAUGGCAUCAUAGGAAGCUUUACACUGAUCACUCCAGUCCUGCUUCACUGAGUUACAAAAGGCUAUGUCAUUCGGUUGUACCAUGAGGCCACGACAGAUACUUACAAAGCCAUUACUUACAAUGUUUUGCUUUCAGAAACCAGUACUGUGUUUCAACAGAAUGAUGUGAAGAUUCCAAGCAGCACACAUCUGUUUACCACAUUUUAUGCUAAAACAAAAUCACUGUUAGUUAAUUCAGGUCUCUUUCCAAACCCCAAAGACUAUGACCAUCUAAUGGGUUAUGACAAACCAUUCACUUUUGAUAUGGAAGAAACCAGUGAAAAGAAACAGCUUGAAGAUGAGAAAUGAGUCUGUUGUUUUUAUGUUUGUGCUUAAAUGUGAUUUAUUUUCCCAUG